GCGUGGCCUCCGCGACGGACGGAAUGUAAACAGCUAGCCUAGCAUGUUAGCAUGCCCCGUCACUCACUGGGGGCCGAACCCACAACCGAGCAGGAGCUAGCAGUCAGUAUAUGGAUGUAAAUCGGCAGAAUCGCGGCUCCAGCAGUAAGUGAGAGUGGAUGUGACGGACCUGGUGUCGGAGCGGACCAGUGAAGGUUUAACAGCUGACGGCUUGGUUAGCUGGGAGGCUAAUGCUAGCUAGUGGAAGUUGUGGGGAAGAAUGACAACACUCUUCAUCCACUGACCGGAAGCCGCUACUAUUGACCAGUCCAUAUAUGGUGUAGAUUUAUCUAUAUUAUAGAGAUAUAUCUAUAGAAUAAGCAAUUUCUCUAAGUGACUGACACUUUGUCUGCUGUGGAUCAUGAAGCCUGAAUAAAACAGAGUGUCAAAACCGUCGGCCCCGCGUCUCCUGGUGCCAUGGAAACCGGAAGCCACGCCCCUCCCCUGGUCGGGGACAACCAACAUGAAGACCCCGCCCACAACCUCACGCCAGACAAAGUCCUGAAACAGGAAGUGACACGCUUGCCUGAAGUACUUCCUGUGGCCACUGAGUGUCCCGUCGCCACCGUGGAGGAAGAUGAGCUCUCUGUUGAGGAGAGGCAGGACAUAGGUGGGUACCUGGAUGUGAAGGAGAGCUCACCUGUGCUCACAGCAGGCGUGUCUCCGGAGCCGCGCCCCUCCAGCGUCUCGGCCUCCGUCUCCGUCCCCAGCCCGGAGCUGUCGGCGGGGAGCGAGGCCGCAGGAAAGUGCCUGGAUGACGAGGCGCUGCCCCCCGCCCUCUCCGCCCUGGCCCUGGGGGGGGCGGCGGCCUCCGCUGAGCGGCCCUGUCCACAGGGGGCCGACGCCCGCCCAGAGUCCGGCACCACAGUUCCCGGGUCGUCCACAGGGGGCGGCGGCGCGGCCAUGCCGGCAUACUACCUGGUGAAGUGGAUCACCUGGAAGGAGAAGAAGACUCCCAUCAUCACCCAGAGUGAGAACGGGCCCUGCCCCCUGCUGGCCAUCAUGAACACGCUGUUCCUCCGCUGGAAGGCAAAACUUCCUCCUCAGACGGAAGUUAUUACAACAGAGGACCUGAUGGCUCACCUAGGAGAGUGUGUGUUGUCAGUCACACCGAGAGAGAAGACAAACGCCAUGGAGCUCAACUUCCAACAGAACAUGAGCGAUGCGAUGGCCGUGCUGCCCAAGCUGUCCACCGGCCUGGACGUCAACGUGGGCUUCAGCGGCGUCUCCCACUUCGAGUACACCCCCGAGUGCAUCGUGUUCGACCUGCUGGACAUACCGCUGUACCACGGCUGGCUGGUGGACCCCCAGAGCCCUGAGGUUCUGGCUGCGGUGGGGAAGCUGAGCUACAACCAGCUGGUGGAGAAAAUCAUCGACUACAAACACUCUGAGGACAGCAGCAGAGUCAGUGAAGGCCUGGUGGCGGAGCAGUUCCUGGAGUCCACGGCCACCCAGCUGUCGUACCACGGCCUCUGUGAGCUCAGCUCCACCGUCCAGGAGGGCCAGCUGUCGGUCUUCUUCAGGAACAACCACUUCAGCACGCUCAUCAAACACCAGGGCCACCUGUACCUGCUGGUGACUGACCAGGGCUUCCUGGGGGAGGAGGGGCUGGUGUGGGAGUCGCUCCACAACGUCGAGGGGGACGGCAACUUCUGCGACGCCGACUUCAGGCUCUGCCACCCCCCCCAGAGGACCCCCCAGCCCCCCCUGCAGGAACAGAGACAGAUAGACCAGGACUACCUGGUGGCGGUGUCCUUGCAGCAGGCCCAGGGCGAGGCCCCCGGGGCCCUCAGCGACCUAGAGCUGGCCCAGCGCCUCCAGCAGGAGGAGUACCAGCAACAACAACAACAACAACAACUAGCACCACAACAACCGCCGACCCCGCCCCCAGCAGCAGCCGCCGCUCCGCAGGCGCCCUCCCAGGUCAGAGGUCAGGCGGCCGGGCAGCAGGGAGCCAGCAGCAGGAGGAGAGACCGAGAGUCGGACUGCGUCCUCUUGUAGCCUUCAUCAUCAUCCUCAUCAUUCUCCACCCCCUGCUCAGUACAGCCAGAAGAUGUUCUGAAGGUCAAUGUUCUGGCGCCUUCUGCUCCUCUUGCUUCUCUCCCCUCUACCAGUUUAACCAGUGUCCCGUCGCUCUACCAUUCACCCGUUUAACCAGUGUCAUAUCGCUCUACCAUUCACCCGUUUAACCAGUGUCAUAUCGCUCUACCAUUCAGCCGUUUAACCAGUUUCCAGUCGCUCUACAAUUCAGUUUAACUCGUCUGUUGUUUGGAAUAAAGUUGUUCAAUAUCCACACAGUAGCCAAUGUACUGCAAAACCAUUGGUCGAUCCCACAGUCCUCACGUGUUCACCCAUUGGUCGAUCCCAGUGCCCCUCACCCAUUGGUCGAUCCCAGUGUUCUCCUGGUUUGUUCUGUCAGAUGAUCCUUCGUGUCUUCUGUAAGUCGGCCUCCCAGGAUAAUAAACAACAAAAACAGUA